ACCCUAUUUUUCAAUAACUGUGCCCUGCCAGCUUGAAAUCUACUGCCUUCAACUAAAGAUAGCACCUGUCCAGUACUUAGGCUCCAAGUUCCUUCAACAAGAUUGGCAUGUGUAAUGAACUAUACCUCACAUAAGUAGAGUUUAGCCUUCAAUCCAAGUUGUUGAUAAUUAAUCAAUUUGUUUCCACGCAAAUAGAAGUAAGCAUUAUCAAAGUUUGUCAGCGCUUUCUCAUUCCUACAAGAGAAUCAAAAGAAACAGUUCAUGUUGUAUAAUUGCAAAAAAUCAUUUAUUACUAACAAUAAUGGAAUUUCAAAAUAAUGUCCAAAUCCUACUCCUAAUUUGCAUUGAUUAAUAGCUGUAUAAAAGAACCAUUUUUAAGACCUGGCAGGUUAUAAAGUAGAGCCUGGCUUUGGAUGAAAGCAUUUGAGCUUUAGUUCUCCUUGGGAGCCAACAUACCAUGCAACUCUAUAUGGCAACAGAAUGCUGCCUGCAUCAGACAGUACACUAAUUAAAACUGAUGGAAAAUUCAAUCCAACCAUUCAUGUAAACAAUAAUAAAAAAAAAGAAAUACAACCAUCCAAAUUGUUUGUACAAAAUUAUCUGCCCUGGAAUGGAUUGUAGUACAAAUGAAAGAAAAAGUUUCCAUAAUUAAGGAGAACAGCUAUCAAAAUACAAUUUGAAUGUCAGAUCUUCCUGUACAUGUUGGCUACUUUGAUUUAUUCCAGCAUCAUUUGACAAAACCUACCAGAACUUCCAUCAUUUUUUGCUCUAUUCUACCCUUGUUAUAAUCAAUUACACUACUAUGAAAUCAAUGCAGUAAAAGUAUUUCAUGAAUUUCCUUAAGUAACUUAUGAUAUUACCUGUCCAAAGACAAAUUGAUGUUCCCCAACAUAAAAUGAGCAACUGCCAUCAUUUUGUCUUUUUCUACAGACUCCUCAAAAGCCUUCACAAGAAAAGGAAUAUCAUUAAAUAAAUGAACAGUAUCAUCAUUUAUUACUGCACCUGAACAAUUUCAAUGAAUAAAACAGUGAAUAAACCUUAUUGGGUGGGUUUCACAGAGACAGUAUAUGUUGGUUGCAUGCUUCCAGCAGAUUGAAUUCUUCAUGCAAGAUUUUUUUUUUGGUUUUAAUUCCCUAGGUAAAAGAAAUGGUGAAGAACACACUUCCUCUGGAAAGUGAGCAUUUUUUUUGGUGAUGUGAAAACAAUUUCUUCUGCAUCUACAGUGUAAUGUGAUACAUCUAAACCACUCAGCCCUGUUAAGUUUUUUUGUUUUGUUUUGCACCUUGGUGGUAAAAUGUACAUGAUGUGCUAACUUAAGGGUGGCACCUAAUUAUCAAACUUUACAUUUCUUAGAAAUAAUUUUAAGGAAAUGUUUCCUUUGACAGUAAAAUUGGAGACAUGUUCAAAUUUAUUUAAUGUCUCAUUUGGUAGAAGUAAUGGGAUUUAAUUUUACAUCAGGUUGUAUCAUGUUUGUAAAAAUUUCAAUAUCAUGGCCACCUGAGAGGGUAGCAAAAGGUUGAUUUGUACAUGUGAUUAAGCCAAACUCAAUAUUUAAAGCAAAAAUUUUACAGAAAGACAAGUGUGAUUCAUGAGUUUAUAAACCAGUGGAUGGUAAGUGUCCUGAAAUAUACAUGACCAAUGAAUUUUUUUUUAAUUCCUGAAAACCUCCAGAUUUCCCUGAAACCUUGAAUGGGGUGAUUAGUCAAGGAUAGCAAAUAAUUACAUCAAUAUGAAUGGAAGGUCAAGCGGAAUACACUUUGCCUCCGUCACUUGAAACAAAAUACGUCGGCGAAAUGAACGAUGGAAUGUUUCAUGGGGAAGGCACUUUGUUUUUCUCAAAUGGAAGCAAGUAUGUUGGAAAAUGGGAGAAAGGAGUUGCUGUUGAGGGUAAAUAUACAUUUGCUGAUGGCUUAGAAUAUGAUGCAGAGGAUUGGGAGUACUGCGAUGGAUAUGACAGAAGAUUUUAUACAGAGAUCUGCCAUGGACUUAAGCCAGCAGGGCGAUCCCAGCUCACAAAUCGUAUUCCACCUCGAGAGAUUCCAGAAGGUUGCUAUGAUUGUGGCGAUGGUUUUUACAACCCUGUAUCCAGAGUAGUUGUUGACUAUGAUCACAAGUUUCUUCGAAAUGCAGAUGAUGAUGAACACGAUUGGAUUCUCAAAACAUGUAGAAAAGGCUGGGACGAAAAUGUGGGAUACAGGCCUGAUCUUAUCAAGUAAAUCGUUGCAGAAAUAUGCUAUCAUCACUGUCAGCCCAAAAGCAGGUGGAGUGGAAUGUGAAAGGCUCCAUGUACUGGUUAAAAUAAUGGACCAAGAUGAGUUCCUUUCCUGUUUUGAUGAUCAUGAUGUCAUCUGUAACUGGUAGAGCUCAUCUUCUUCUGCAAAGUCAAGUAAAUUUUUCAACAGCUCUGACCCAUGCCAGAAACCAGAGGGUUUUUCUGGUUGGCUUGCAGGUUACUGAAUAACUUGCCAGACCACAAGUGAUAUGAAAUUCCAGUUUUGUUGAGAAAAAACAUAUCUAUGUAUAGCUUGUACUGGCAUAAACUUAGUGGAUUAAAGAGAACAACAUUCAUCUGAA